AUGUGUUCUUACAUGGUUGCGUCGUUUUCAUUAGCGUCCAUUACGCAAGUAUUGAUCAAGGGAAAUUCACUUCUUGAAAACCCGGUUCUACUCGUGAACGCGCCACAUGUCCUGGGGUGCGCGCAGGUUUUGGAUGGCGUAGUGGGCGGGAUUCUACGUUUGGGAGGAACGGCUGCAAGGUUGCCUUUGUGCUGGCUGAUAACUACGGGGAUCCUAAGGGAGAGACCCCUGUCUACCUCCAUCAUGAUGUCCGGUAAGAAGUCGGACCCUGGUUCCUCGUCCUCGUCCUCCACCGCGGGGGGGCCCGGGGCCGAUCGGCCCCCGGAAGCCUCUCCCUCAGCCCAAACGGGGGCCCCCAGCUCCCUCCCCCCUCCCUCGGAGGGCGGGGUCCCCGGGGACCGCACCCUAAAGAAGAAGGAACGGGCGUCGCCCAGCCUAGAGCCCCCCCUGCCCCACCCCCACCUGCCGGGCCCCGGGGGGGUGGACCCGGACCCGGCCGAGGUCCGCCGGACCAGCCGCCGCAAGAGAACGAAACAGGUGGAGUACCGCGAGAUGGACGAGAGCCUGGCCAAUCUCUCCGAGGAUGAGUACUACUCCGAGGAAGAGCGGAACGCCAAGGCGGAGAAGGAGCGCAAGCAGGUGCCCCCGCCCCCCGCCCCGCCCGUGGAGGAGGAGAACGACAGCGAGCCGGAGGAGCCCUCGGGGGUGGAGGGCGCGGCCUUCCAGAGCCGCCUCCCCCAUGACCGUAUGACCUCACAGGAGGCCGCCUGCUUCCCUGACAUCAUCAGCGGCCCCCAGCAGACCCAGAAAGUGUUCCUGUACAUCCGCAACCGCACGCUUCAGCUCUGGCUUGAUAACCCCAAGGUCCAGCUGACCUUUGAGGCCACAGCUCAGCAACUGGAAAGCCCCUACAACAGUGACGCAGUGCUGGUCCACAGGAUACACAGUUACCUGGAGAGGCACGGCCUCAUCAACUUUGGCGUCUACAAGAGAGUCAAGCCCUUGCCCACUAAGAAGACGGGGAAGGUGAUCAUCAUCGGAGGGGGCGUGUCUGGUUUGGCCGCUGCCCGGCAGCUGCAGAGUUUUGGGAUGGACGUGACCGUGCUGGAGGCCAGGGACCGCGUGGGGGGGAGGGUGGCCACCUUCCGCAAGGGGAACUAUGUAGCUGACCUGGGAGCCAUGGUGGUGACUGGACUGGGUGGAAACCCCAUGGCUGUGGUCAGUAAGCAGGUGAACAUGGAGCUGGCCAAGAUCAAACAGAAGUGCCCCCUGUACGAGGCCAACGGUCAGGCCGGCGAACGGUGUACAAGUGUGCCGAAGGAGAAGGACGAGAUGGUGGAGCAGGAGUUCAACCGCCUGCUGGAGGCCACGUCCUACCUCAGCCACCAGCUCGACUUCAACUUCCUCAACAACAAGCCCGUGUCCCUGGGGCAGGCCCUGGAGGUGGUCAUCCAGCUGCAGGAGAAACACGUGAAAGACGAGCAGAUUGAACACUGGAAGAAGAUUGUAAAAACUCAGGAGGACCUGAAGGAGCUGCUUAACAAGAUGGUGGGCACUAAGGAGCGGGUGAGGGAGCUGCAUCAGCAGUAUAAGGAGGCCAGUGAGGUGAAGCCCCCCAGAGACAUCACCGCCGAGUUCCUGGUCAAGAGCAAACACCGCGACCUGACCGCGCUCUGCAAGGAGUACGACGAGCUGGCGGAGACGCAGGUGAAGCUGGAGGAGAAACUGCAGGAGCUGGAGGCUAACCCGCCCAGUGACGUGUACCUGUCGUCGAGGGACCGCCAGAUCCUGGACUGGCACUUUGCCAACCUGGAGUUUGCCAACGCCACACCCCUGUCUACCCUGUCCCUGAAGCACUGGGAUCAGGAUGAUGAUUUUGAGUUCACAGGAAGUCACCUGACCGUGCGGAACGGCUACUCCUGUGUUCCUGUGGCCCUGGCCGAGGGGCUGGACAUCAAACUCAACACAGCGGUGCGGCAGGUCCGCUACACGGCCUCCGGCUGCGAGGUGAUCGCAGUGAACACGCGCAGCACCACGCAGACCUUCAUCUAUAAGUGCGACGCGGUCCUGUGCACGCUCCCGCUGGGCGUGAUGAAGCAGCAGCCCCCCGCCGUGCAGUUCGUGCCCCCCCUGCCCGAGUGGAAGACCUCCGCCAUUCAGAGAAUGGGCUUCGGCAACCUCAACAAGGUGGUGCUGUGCUUUGACCGCGUGUUCUGGGACCCCAGUGUGAACCUGUUCGGCCACGUGGGCAGCACCACGGCCAGCCGGGGGGAGCUCUUCCUCUUCUGGAACCUCUACAAGGCUCCUAUCCUAUUGGCUCUGAUGGCGGGGGAGGCGGCCGGAAUCAUGGAGAACAUCAGUGAUGAUGUCAUCGUUGGCCGCUGCCUCGCCAUUCUCAAGGGCAUCUUUGGCAGCAGUGCCGUGCCACAGCCUAAGGAAACCGUGGUAACACGUUGGCGGGCGGACCCCUGGGCUCGCGGCUCGUACUCCUACGUGGCGGCCGGUUCCUCCGGCAACGACUACGACCUGAUGGCCCAGCCCAUCACCCCCGGCCCGGCCAUCCCCGGGGCCUCACAGCCCGUCCCUCGGCUCUUCUUCGCGGGCGAGCACACGAUCCGGAACUACCCGGCCACGGUGCACGGGGCGCUGCUGAGCGGCCUGAGGGAGGCGGGCCGGAUCGCCGACCAGUUCCUGGGCGCCAUGUACACCCUGCCCCGGCAGGCCACGCCCACCGCCAACCCACAGCCCUCCCCCAGCCUCUAGACCCCGCCUCCUUCCACCAGACCACUCCUACAGUCCUCCUCCAGCCUCUAGACCCCGCCUCCUUCCACCAGACCAUACCCACAGCCCUCCCCCAGCCUCUAGACCCCGCCUUCUUCCACCAGGCCACACCCACAGCCCUCCUCCAGCCUCUAGACCCCGCCUCCUUCCUCUAGGACACACCAUUGAUGUAGUCACCUCCGCACAUACACCUGGGCUGUCAUGUCCUGUCGUGUCUUUACAACAACAACAAAAAACAGUCGAUAAAGCUUGAGGCUUGUUUGGGUUUUGGGGUUUUUCUCCUUGCACAGACUCUAGCCCCUGUAGGCUCAGAGAUCCCAGAAUUCUUUGCUACUUAGGGGAACCACAUGAUGUAAAACCUGUCCCUUAACCCCACUACCCCCCCCCCCCAAUCCCUAAGAUAUUUAAACCCACCCCAGCUGGUUCAGCUCCCUUUUGUGAACAUAACCUCCUCCCCCGACCCCACCCCUCAUCCCUGAGGGUCACCUUUGAAGAAGAGCAUGCUGGGGGAAAGUGUCCGCACAUGGAUGCAAUUACACAGGUGUGAAGUCCGGCCUUUUCUGCUCCCCCCCCCUGCCAACCCCACCAUCGAAACACCACUCGCACUGGCAUUACCGGCGGCGUCCCGGGCCCACGGGCGUGAACACUGACAAUUUAGGCUUUCCCGACCCCCGAACUCCCUCCACCGCUGCAGGUUUGUUUUCGUUUAACGGUGGGACGGGACGACCGUCGUGCUCCUGUGAACCUCUCCUAUCACCUCGUCGUCGUUUUACGAAAAAAUAAUUUUAUUGCUCUGCGUUUCAGUGACGGGGUUUGCGGCCUUAGGCCCGCGAGCCCUAUGCUAUCCUGGUUGAACUGUAGACUUAAUAAUAUGUAGGUCACACGGAGGUUUCAGUGCCCCCUGCUGGCAUUAACUGGAAUCUGCGUAAGGCUUCUUUUUAUUAUUGUUUUUUUUGUUUUUUGUUUAGAAGUUUAAAAAAGUGUAAAAAAAAAAAAAACAGUACUCUCCCUUUCCCAAAGUGAGAGGGACAUAAUUAUGAUUUAAAAUAUAUUUUUUUGUCGUCCUCCAUUACUGCUGGAGUUUAAAGUGCUCAACUUUUUUUUGUCAUUGCAUACUUUUUAUACUUUGUGAAACUUUGGGUACAAAAAUAAUAAUAAAAAAAAGAUACUCUGAA